AAACAGAAACAAGGGAAAAGGAACAAAAUCGGGGCGGCCGAGUUUCGUUCUCUCUCUCUAGUUUCUCCCUCUAUAUAAUCACACCCUUACAUGUUUUGAGAGUUAGGGUUUUGUGUGGGUGUUUGUUUACGCCCUUUUGGGAUUAGGGUUUUGGGUACAUUUAUUUUUCAGAUCGGAGAAUGGCGCAAGGAGGCAGCAGAUCUACUGGGGUGGUGAAAUGGUUCAAUGCCCAGAAGGGUUUUGGAUUCAUCACUUCGGAUGAUGGCGGUGAUGAGGUCUUCGUUCAUCAAUCUUCCAUCAGGUCUGAUGGAUACAGGAGCCUUGCUGAGGGCGAACAAGUCGAGUUCGUGAUCGGCACUGGAGAUGAUGGGAGGACGAAGGCCGUCGAUGUCACUGGUCCCAACGGAGCGGAUGUUCAGGGAAGUAGCAGGACUGAUGAUUACGGUGGCGGCGGUGGUGGAAGGGGCAGCCGUGGUGGGGGAUAUGGUUUUGGAGGCGGAGGUGGGGGUUACAGCGGAGGAGGUGGUGGAUACGGCGGUUAUAACGGUGGGGGUAGAGGUGGUGGUGGUGGUCGGAGGGGAGGUGGUGGUUACGGUGGUGGUGGUUACGGAGGGGGCGGUGGUGGCUUCGGUGGCGGAGGCGGUGGCGGUGGUGGAUGUUACAGUUGCGGUGAGACUGGGCACAUGGCCAGGGACUGUCCGCAGGGAGGCGGGGGAGGCGGAAGGUUUGGAGGCGGCGGCGGCGGUGGCGGUGGUGGGAACUGCUACAACUGUGGGGAGCAAGGUCAUUUUGCCAGGGAAUGCCCUAGCAAUGCCGGUUCCAGAAACUGAAUGAAGGUUUUUAUAUUAGGUAAUCCGUUUAAGUGGGCGUUUCCAGUGGUUGUUGGAGAGGUUUAUAAUCCCUUUCUCUGUUUGGCAUCUUCGUCGUAUAGUAGACUGAUCUCUCUUAUUUUUCUCCUCUUGUCCCCUCUUUCUUCAAUUUGGUUGACAGACAUCAUUAAUCCUCACCUUUUUUUGUUAAAUUUCUUGGAAUGAAAUGUAAAUGAGGGAUGGAGUUUGACAUUAUGGCAAAUUGGCACUCUCUUUUUCGUAUACAUAUUUGAUAGUUUGGUUUUAAUUAAUUGGAAUGUUUCCUUUGAUCUUUA